GCGGGGCAGCGCGGCGGACAGAGCCUCCGAGAGCGCGAGCAGCAGCGCCCCCACGACCCAGCCCGCCAGCCUGGAGCCCGGCCUGCCCACGGCCUCGAGCCCGCCGCCCCCAGCGCCCCCGCGCCCCACGCAGCCUCCCGGCCAGGGAGUCGAACCCUUGCACUGCGCCCCGACGCGCCAGCAUGUCCUCGACGGAGAGCCCCGGCCGCACCUCGGACAAGUCUCCGCGCCAGCAGGUGGACCGCCUGCUCCUGGGGCUGCGCUGGCAGCGCCUGGAGGAGCCGCUGGGCUUCAUCAAAGUUCUCCAGUGGCUCUUUGCUAUUUUCGCCUUCGGGUCCUGCGGCUCUUACAGCGGGGAGACGGGAGCCUUGGUUCUCUGCAACAACGAAGCCAAGGACGUGAGCUCCAUCAUUGUUUUGUUCGGCUAUCCCUUCAGGUUGUACCAGGUCCAGUAUGAGAUGCCUCUCUGUGAUCAGGACUCCACCUCCAAAACCAUGAACCUCAUGGGAGACUUCUCUGCCCCCGCCGAGUUCUUUGUGACCCUUGGCAUCUUUUCCUUCUUCUACACAAUGGCUGCCCUGGUCAUCUACCUGCGCUUCCACAAACUCUACACAGAGAACAAACGCUUCCCGUUGGUGGAUUUCUGUGUGACUGUCUCUUUCACCUUCUUUUGGCUGGUUGCUGCCGCUGCCUGGGGCAAGGGCUUGACUGACGUCAAAGGGGCCACCCGGCCAUCCAGCCUGACUGCAGCCAUGUCUGUGUGCCAUGGAGAGGAGGCAGUGUGCAGCGCCGGGGCCACACCCUCUAUGGGGCUGGCUAACCUCUCUGUGCUCUUUGGCUUUAUCAACUUCUUCCUGUGGGCUGGAAACUGUUGGUUUGUGUUCAAAGAGACCCCGUGGCACGGACAAGGCCAGGACCAGGGCCAGGGCCCCAGCCAGGAGAGUGCAGCGGAGCAGGGGGCAGUGGAGAAGCAGUAAGCAGCCUUCAUCUGCCUACUCCCCAACUGGACGGCACCUUGUCAGCUCCUCCAGCUUCUACAGGACCUCCUCCUCUUCCUCUUCCUCCUGCUCCUCCUCUCCCUCCUCCUCCAACUCCCUUCCCCCAUCAUUCUGGACUUUGAGAUUUGAGAGAAUGGAUGGGUGGGCAUCAGCUGUUGGUAACCUGGGCAGACCUCCACUGGCUUCCUAUCCCUCAUCCUGCUGGGGCAGCAAACGGCAGGAUCUCAGUGCUUCUUGUCUGCUGCCUGGACUGAAGCAUCUUACUUGGGGAAGCUGACUGGCAACCUUGCCCUGAGUUCUGUGUGGAGGGCCCACCAGUGAUUUUGUGGCAUCCCUCAAUAACUGGCAUCUAAUCUGUAUCCUAUCUCUAGCCCUCCCAGAGCCCAGUGUGCUCCCACCAUGUGUGAAGCAGGGAGACCCAUUAUCCUAUCAGAGGUCCCUCUAAGGGUCCACAUGAGACCCGGACCCAAUGGGAGCAGAGAGAGUUGCAAGUACAUUGCAGCACCAAGGAAGAAAGUGAGGAAAGUUGCUGGCAGAAUAAGUUUUCUGUUCCCUCAGCCCUUCCUUUCCCUCAGCUGGAACACUUUCGGUAGCACCCUAUACACCACUUACUCAUGAAACCCCUUACUCCCUUCUCCUUCUCGGCCUUGGUUUUGUGGGCUUUGGGAGGGCCUGAAGGACCAUCGUGACAUGAGAUGCCCAGGAGUCCCGGGACAAGGAUACAUGGGCCCACCUGUCCCUUACCGUCUGUUCAUUUUCUCAAGCCAGCACCUUUUCUAGUUCUUUCAAACCUUUCUGUCCCAUCUUUACAAAGAGGGUUAUCUGUCCUUGUCUCUCGCCUCCAUGCAGUAGCCAGGCCCCAUCCUUCCCCAGUCCUGGGCAGCCCGAUGCUAUUGGUGCUUCUUCAUUUCGGGACCCAGAUCCAUAUUUGUCUUUGGUGUGUCUCCUCUCCCUGAUUCCUCCUGUCAUCCCUCUUUGGGCCCGAAGGCCAGAGGGUACCAACUGGGCAAAUGCCAUCUGCCUUUUACCCAGAUCAAAACCCCUUGAUCUACCCUGGCAGUAGGGUUGCUUAGGGAAAGAUGAUAAAGAAGGAAGAAACCAGCCGUUUCCCAAUUUAGUGGCAAUUGUCCCACUUAGCACCCCAAAGAUGAAUGUACCUUGUGCCAACCUGUCCUCAUGACAUGAUCGACCCUCUCCAACCCCCUUGCCUUCCUCAAUGCUACCCACAUCAAGAUGUAUUUCUUGGGGGCCCAGGGCUCAGAAUCCUUAACUUUGGGCUGUUCAUUUCUUCUUUGGGUUACAAUUCCCCCACCCUUCAGAGGAAGUAGGAUAUUUACACACUUUCAGAUGCUCCCGAGCCAUUCAGUAAAAUAAUUUGGAAUUUUUGUUUUCUGCUUAAGAUUUUAGGGAAAAGAUUUAAGGAGGGGAAAAUUUGAUGAGGGUGAGAAUGAUCCUAAAUCUGAAACUCUCUAUCCUAAGUUGUCCCCAUGGUUACUUAAGGACAAGGGAGACAGUUUUGCCUCCAGCUCCAGAGGUACAAAGAACAAAAGAGUGACCAUUUUUCUUCAAACAAGUCCCUGUGGGGAUCUGGGAGCAGCUUCGACUCAAACUGUGUUUGGAUUCUGCGUCUAUAUUUAUAAUUUAUUUGAACUGUGACGGAUAAAGUGUUCUCAUUUGGGGCCCAAGUUAGCAACUGGCCCAUCAACUACUUUAGAGUAGGAGUUAUCCACUCCCACCGAGCAUUCGUACUCCAGGGCUCGCUCUAGGGUUGAAAAGGCUCUUCCUGGCAAGAGUCUGGCUAUGGCCAAGAGAGUCUUGAUUUAGGCUAUGGUCUUUCCAUGGCCGCCGGAAGAGGAAAGACCAGUUCACCUCAUUACCUCCAGGGGGCUGGGCAGCAGUAAGUGCCAAGGGCAGCUCUGUCCUCAUGAGACUCGUGUCCUCUCCAACCAGGGCUGGCACCACCACUUUGCCUAGUCAGGCCUGAAGCGGGAGAGGUGUCUGGUUUCUCUAGCUAUUGCAGGAGGCCAACAAGCAGGGAACUUGCCCUUUGCCCUGGUAGACUUUACCAUGUGGAGACGCCUAUCCAGGACCUUUCUUAGACAUGAGUCCCCUUCAACAUCCUGACCAUGGGCCUCCUAUUUCUGGGAUUGCAGAUCGAGGAUGUGGGGAGAAUGUUGCAUGUUGUUCUGUGGUGCUUGUUACUACACAUUUGAAUAAACAGUGCUGCGAACAUUUGCCAAGAAGAAGCC